AUGGCUGAACGACCUCAUCGUCGACGUCGACGCGGUAACGCCGUCGCUUCAUCAGAACCUGACAAUAAUUAUGCAAAACACCUCGGUGGACCUGAUCCGGAUGGAUUUGAAACCUGUUUCAUUAGUCAGGAGAUUGGGGAUGGGCUGUUUUCAACAAAGGAGUUUAUGAAGGGAGAGUUUCUCCUUGAGUACAAGGGUGAACUUUUGACAGAAGAAGAGGCCUUAGAAAGGGAUUAUAGUAGUUGGCGGCACCAUUACAAGUACUUCUUUCAGUGGAAAGGAAGAACAAUGUGCAUAGAUGCCGCCAACUACACACAGUCUCUUGCAAGAUAUGCAAAUGAUUCUCGGCCAUCAAGGAGGAGCUGCAACUGUAGAAUCAGAAAAAUAGAAAUGAAUGAUUCAGUACAUCUAGGGAUCUUUGCUCUGAGAGACAUUCAAAAAGGGGAAGAACUGCGUUAUGACUAUAAUGCUAAAUACACACUGAAUGCUGGAGGUGAUCGAAAUGCAUCAGAUACUGGAGGUGCUCAACAGGCAUCAGAAGUUAGAGGUGUUCAGUUGGCGCCAGAUUUUGGAGGUGUCCAACAGGCGUCAGAUGCUGGAAUUGUUCAACAUGUGUCUGAUGCUAGAGGUGCCCAACAGGCGUCAAAUGCUGGAAGUGUUGAACUGGCAUCAUAUGCUACAGGUGUCCAACAGGCAUCAGAUGCUGGUGGUGUCCAGCAGGCGUCAGAUCCCGGAAUUGUUCAACAGGCACCAGAUGCUGGAGGCGUCCAACUUGCAUCAGAUGCUGGAGGUGUUAAUCAGGCGAUAGAUAGUGGAGAUGUUCAACAGGCGUCAGAUGCUGGAUGUAUUUAUCAGGCAUCAGAUGCUGAAAUUGUUCAACAGGUGUCUGAAGCUGGAGGUGUCCAACAGGCAUCAAAUGCUGGAGGUGUUGUACUGGCAUCAUAUGCUACAGGUGUCCAACAGGCUUCAGAUACUGGUGGUGUCCAGAAGGCCUCAGAUCCCGGAAUUGUUCAACAGGCACAAGAUGCUGGAAGCGUCCAACUUGCAUCAGAUGCUGGAGGUGUUAAUCAGGCGUCAGAUGGUGGAGAUAUUCAACAGGCGUCAGAUGCUGCAGGUGUUCAACAGGCAUCAGAAGCUGGAGUUAUCCAACAGGCAUCAGAUGCUGGAGUUGUUCAGCAGGUCUUAGAUGCUGGAGGUAUUUAUCAGGCAUCAGAUGCUGGGGGUUGUUCAACAGGUCUCAGAAGUUGAAAGUGAUCCAUGUGCUUCAGAUUCUGAAAUCUCUGAAUAUGCAUCUGAUUUGGAAGAUUCUGGGCAUGAAUCAGACUGUGAUGAUUCAAAUCAUGCAUUAGAUCCUGACUUUGUAGUUGACGAAUCUGACUCCUCUGAUGGUAAUUCUUCUGAAAGGUCUUAUGUCAUUCCAUUGAAAAGACCAAAAGUUACUGUGUUGUAUCCCGAAGCAUCCCAGGUCAGCUCUGAAUCGCCAUUACAUACUGCAGAAAGCAAUGUAUUGCAGAGAAAUCCUGAUACAUCUCAUGUCCGCUCUGAAGCACACUUACCUCAUAGUUCUCCUGGAAAGAUCAAAGUAUUACGUACUAACAACCAGCAAAGGAGACACUGGGACAAAGGGGCAUACUGCCCAUUUUGUCGAUCGUAUCAGAAGAAGCUACCAAGACACCUAAGAGAAUUCAAGGCUCACCAGAACGAACCAGAUAUCAUACAGUGGCUCACAUGCAUUCAUGAUUAAUUUCAUUGUGUUAUAUUCAGACAUAAAGGUAUGGCUACAUUCAAAGAAUUUGUUAAUGUUCCUCAAAAUUCAGAAGAAUUGUAAGUGAUUCUGCAUAUUUUCUUAGAAAACAAACAAAAAGUCAUAGAAGAUCCGUCAUAGAUAUAUAUCUCUGUUUAUAAGUUUGAUUUAUUGCUAAAUAUUUCUCAGUACAAUGUACAUGUAGGUUCAGGCCAAAAGUAUGGGUACAUGGAUAGGGAUUUAACAUUUUAAGUUUUCCAUUUAUUUAUGAUUCAGCAUUUUCUUACUAAGAUGAGAAAAGGUCAAAGGAGACCCUUUAUGGAAAUACCUAUUGUUUUGGAGUUUGGUUUAUUGCUAAAUGUUGUUAAAUACAUGGAGAUUCAGGCCAAAAGUAUGGGUACAUGCAUUCAUGAUUAAUUUCAUUGUGUUAUAUUCAGACAUAAAGGUAUGGCUACAUUCAAAGAAUUUGUUUAUGUUCCUCAAAAUUCAGAAGAAUUGUAAGUGAUUCUGCAUAUUUUCUUAGAAAACAAACAAAAAGUCAUAGAAGAUCCGUCAUAGAUAUAUAUCUCUGUUUAUAAGUUUGAUUUAUUGCUAAAUAUUUCUCAGUACAAUGUACAUGUAGGUUCAGGCCAAAAGUAUGGGUACAUGGGUAGUGAAUUAACAUUUUAAGUUUUCCAUUUAUUUAUGAUUCAGCAUUUUCUUACUAAGAUGAGGAAAGGUCAAAGGAGACCCUUUAUGGAAAUACCUAUUGUUUUGGAGUUUGGUUUAUUGCUAAAUGUUGUUAAAUACAUGGAGAUUCAGGCCAAAAGUAUGGGUACAUGCAUUCAUGAUUAAUUUCAUUGUGUUAUAUUCAGACAUAAAGGUAUGGCUACAUUCAAAGAAUUUGUUGAUGUUCCUCAAAAUUCAGAAGAAUUGUAAGUGAUUCUGCAUAUUUUCUUAGAAAACAAACAAAAAGUCAUAGAAGAUCCGUCAUAGAUAUAUAUCUCUGUUUAUAAGUUUGAUUUAUUGCUAAAUAUUGCUCAGUACAAUGUACAUGUAGGUUCAGGCCAAAAGUAUGGCUUCAUGGAUAGUGAUUUAACAUUUUAAGUUUUCCAUUUAUUUAUGAUUCAGCAUUUUCUUACUAAGAUGAGGAAAGGUCAAAGGAGACCCUUUAUGGAAAUACCUAUUGUUUUGGAGUUUGGUUUAUUGCUAAAUGUUGUUAAAUACAUGGAGAUUCAGGCCAAAAGUAUGGGUACAUGCAUUCAUGAUUUAUUUCAUUGUGUUAUAUUCAGACAUAAAGGUAUGGCUACAUUCAAAGAAUUUGAUUGUGCUCCUCAAAAUUCAGAAGAAUUGUAAGUGAUUCUGCAUAUUUUCUUAGAAAACAAACAAAAAGUCAUAGAAGAUCCGUCAUAGAUAUAUCUCUGUUUAUAAGUUUGAUUUAUUGCUAAAUAUUGCUCAGUACAAUGUACAUGUAGGUUCAGGCCAAAAGUAUGGCUUCAUGGAUAGUGAUUUAACAUUUUAAGUUUUCCAUUUAUUUAUGAUUCAGCAUUUUCUUACUAAGAUGAGGAAAGGUCAAAGGAGACCCUUUAUGGAAAUACCUAUUGUUUUGGAGUUUGGUUUAUUGCUAAAUGUUGUUAAAUACAUGGAGAUUCAGGCCAAAA